UUGCGGGAAAAACCGAUAAGGAAAAUAACCGAGGAUUCCGUAAAGUCAUCUUGGCACAAAUUGCAGGAUCUCGUGAAUGACUGACGACACACCAAAAGAGUGUUUGUUAUUGAAAGAAAAAAUGCCUAACAUUAAAGUUUUUAGUGGGAGUUCACAUCCUGAUCUUACCCAGAAGAUUUGUGACCGCCUUGGUAUUGAGUCGGGUAAAGUGAUCACCAAAAAAUUCAGCAACGGAGAGUGCAGUGUUGAGAUAGGAGAGUCUGUGAGAGGGGAAGAUGUUUAUAUUGUACAGACAGGCUGUAGUGAGGUGAACGACAUGCUCAUGGAACUUCUGAUUAUGAUCAACGCGUGUAAGAUCGCCUCUGCCUGUCGGGUCACUGCUGUCAUGCCAUGUUUCCCGUAUGCCAGACAGGACAAAAAAGAUAAGAGUCGCGCUCCGAUCUCGGCUAAGUUAGUUGCUAAUAUGUUGUCUACAGCUGGUGCCGAUCAUAUCAUUACAAUGGACCUACACGCUUCACAAAUUCAGGGAUUUUUUGACAUUCCAGUGGAUAAUCUGUAUGCAGAGCCAGCUGUGUUAAAAUGGAUCAAAGACAACAUACUGGAGUGGAGAAAUUCUUGUAUUGUCUCCCCUGAUGCUGGAGGGGCAAAGAGAGUGACUUCCAUAGCAGAUAGACUGAAUGUAGACUUUGCACUCAUCCAUAAGGAAAGGAAGAAAGCUAAUGAAGUAUCAGCAAUGGUGUUGGUCGGAGACGUAAAAGGCAAGAUCGCCAUACUUGUUGACGAUAUGGCCGACACUUGUGGUACAGUUUGUCACGCAGCUGAAAAGUUGUUAGAAGCUGGUGCCGUGAAAGUUUACGCAAUUUGUACGCACGGUAUCCUCUCCGGACCUGCCAUAUCUCGUAUAAAUAACUCGAUGUUUGAAGCAAUGUGUGUCACCAAUACAAUACCUCAGGAAGAACGAAUGAAAGCAGCACCCAAAAUAACAUGUUUGGAUAUUUCUAUGAUAUUAGCGGAAGCAAUCCGACGUACACACAACGGAGAAUCGGUUUCGUAUCUUUUUAGUCAUGUCCCAAUGUAAUUCAUUCAUCGUGAGAAGGAAAAAACUAAGAAUAUGUGCAAUCACAGGUCACCCAGGAUAAAAAAAAUCUCAAAUGUGGACAUAGAUCGUUCAUUUAUUAUCUACAUAGAACUUAAUGAAGGUCCUUUUAUUGUAAGAUAUAGGCCUAAUAAGUUGCAAAAGAUAUAAAAACUGUAAAGUGUCAAUUCAUUAUGACUUUAUUAUUCAUGGAAAUGAAUCUAUUGUCGCAAUUUGUUUGGUUUUGCUAAGUAAUUACAUGUUUAGAUAAAGAUUCAGGGUAGAGUGUUCAAAGUUUGGUAAAAUGAAAACAAAGUGGAAUUAUGAAAUUUA